UAGGUCUAAAUUUAUUAAUAAAUGGCAAUGGAAUCGGUGAAGAAUGUUUUCGGCAGUUUCUACACUACAAGUCCAGUGAGUCCUGUGUCAGAACCCUCGAUAAAGCCUGUGCCAGCAUCAGCAGAAGAUUUUCGAAAAGAAUUAAAAUCAUUUCAAAAGCUUGAUCGACAUUCCGAACCACCACCCAGAGCAAAGCUUUAUUACUACAUCCUUUCAAGUGCAAAAAUUAAACGUCCAUUUGAAUCUGCUGUGAUUUUGUUGGUUGGUGGUUCUGGCGUUGGAAAGUUAUCAACAAUAAACCAUUUGCUUGAUACGGGAAAAGGAGACCCUGUUGCGAUGACCAGCGCAACAGAGUCGGAAACAAAAAGAACAACUGAAUAUAUUCUUACCAUAGACGAACCAAAUCUCGAGGUAUGUGAUUUACAAAUGGGUGUAAUAGACACGCCUGGCUUUAAUGAUACUGCAGGUGUAAACCAAGAUGCUUGUAAUUUUGUAUCCAUAAAAAGAUUUUUCCAAACACAUCCAAGUUUAUCUGAGCAGUGGACUUAUCCAAAUCUUGUAUUUUUGGUGGUGAGCGCCAACGAUAAACGGAUCAAAGGCCCUAAUAGUAAUCUUUCUAAAUGCCUGAGAGGCAUUAAGUUGCUCGAAGUGGUUGACACAAUUUGUCCUAAUCUCGUAGUAAUUUUAACAUCUUGCUGCUCUGUUGGUCACAAGAAUGUGAACAAAUGGGAGGAAAAGAUGGAAGAAAAGAAGGAGGUGAUUUCAAACAUCGUGUAUGAAGUGCUUGGAGUUCUGGCGCCUGUGGUAUUGAUAGAAAAUGACAAUGAUGAUGAGCAUGAGCUUGAGAAAGAUGGUGAUUUCACGCUUCUUCCUAAUGGCGAGAAACAGCCCAAGAAUUUAUACAAUGCCUGUCUAGAGCUUCUUGAACGAAACAAGGAUCGUUUUGGACUGAUGGUUUUCAAUUCUUCUUUUACAAGAGCCAAAAAGGGUCGGCCAGCAAGUGGUCAUGAAACUGAGGCAAAAGAUUCUCGUGUUGAAGCAUUGUCCGACGAAGAAGAAGAAUUUUCGAAUGCUUUCAGUGAGGCUUCCAAAGGAGGUAGGAAGGAAGAACUUUAUAUUUGUUUCCGGCCCGUUACUCCAAGCCCGUAACCUAAAUGAAAUAGUCUUCUGAUUGGCUCAUGCAUGAAAGGUCCGCAUCUGCAAAACAUACGAACUUCUCCCUUUUCGCGCCAACCUGAAAAGUGACGACAAUUUUCAAACUCAACAAACUACCGAAAUGGGGAUGUACUAAAAAUCCGAAACUGGACGAAACGAAAUGACCGGAAUAACCAAAACGAAACAAACCAAAACACCUGAAUCGCUGAAACAAUCAAAACAGAACCAGGGGCGCACAUUCGCAAAAAUUUUUUUUGGGGGGGGGGUGUUCUAUGUGCUGGGACCGACUUUUGUAGUAUUUGUGUUUGGUAAGAAAAGCCAACUAUUUAAAGCGCAUAGACGGUAAGACGGGGAUAGUAUUCCAAAAGUUUAAAUAAACGUUCAGUUUUUCAGAACUUUUGCAGUGGUCUAAACUUUCGGAUGGGAGGCGGGGGCAAAAUUUUUAUGGAUUUCGAAUGCGAGCGCCGUAGGCGCGAGGAAAAUUUUGAAUUUCUAGAUUCAUUAGAACGCUAUUUCACGUAUUUUAGGAUGAGGUUUGAAGAAAAGUUACAACCACAAAAAGGCAUUUUUAAGUCGCCUAAUGCCUAAUGUUGUUAGAUCGAAAAAAUAUUUAUGUAUAGAGUUUAAAUAAAUGUUCAGUUUUUCAGAACUUUUGCAGUGGUCUAAACCUUUGGAGGGGGCGGGGGCAAAAUUUUUAUGGAUUUCGAAUGCGAGCGCCGUAGGCGCGAGGAAAAUUUUGAAUUUCUAGAUUCAUUAGAACGCUAUUUCACGUAUUUUAGGAUGAGGUUUGAAGAAAAGUUACAACCACAAAAAGGCAUUUUUAUGUCGCCUAAUGCCUAAUGUUGUUAGAUCGAAAAAAUAUUUAUGUAUAGAGUUUAAAUAAAUGUUCAGUUUUUCAGAACUUUUGCAGUGGUCUAAACCUUUGGAGGGGGCGGGGGCAAAAUUUUUAUGGAUUUCGAAUGCGAGCGCCGUAGGCGCGAGGAAAAUUUUGAAUUUCUAGAUUCAUUUGAACGCUAUUUUACGUAUUUUAGGACGAGGUUUGAAGAAAAAGUUAGAACCACAAAAAGGCAUUUCUAAGUCGCCUAAUGUUGUUAGAUCGAAAAAAUGUUUAUGUAAAUAGUAUUGUACACGCAAAUACAACAGCAAAAUAGCAUGAUGCUUUGAGCGCAAAUUCAAGUUCAAAUGUGCUUUAAAGCAACCAGCAUUUUUUACUGGAGUUAGGAUUUUAGGUAGGCAAGACUUCAACUUUAUUGGCAAACAGAGGAGAUGGGUAUCAUUAUUCACACGUCGUACCCCCACCCCAAUUUCUGCCCGGAUUUCAGUUUUCCACAAGGGCAGUCCUUAUGCCCAUUGCAGAGCCCCCCGAGCCCCCAUCUUGGCUGCGCCGCUGAUUUACUUCUGCCUUCCAAAGUUUCAGCUUUUGCGACAAAACUAACAAUGCGCAUUUUAACUGCACCGCGGGGGCUUGAGGUAAUCGGAUCGCAUUACGUUGGCUGGACUGUUGCAACACAGAAGUUGAUUAUUUGCUCUCUUGGUUUGUGUCAGUGAACUCUAAUUUGUGUAUAUUCGUUUUUCUUUGUCUAAUUCGUUUUUCUUAUGUUUAUGCAACUUCCAUUUCCAGAAUGUCCACCUAUUACUUUUUUCGACACAAAAUGAUGAUAUCUUUCAAAUUUUAGCCGGACCGACUUUUUCGUCCCUAUUCAGGUUUUGGGACCGACUUUUUAGAUAUAUUUCACAAAACAUGGGGGGGUGUCACACCCCCCACACCCCCCCUAAUGUGCGCCCCUGGACAUGUGUAGUGCAAGUGGAUCUAUGCAUCAGUUGAAGGACAUUGUUGAGUGUUGACUCGUUUAUUUGAAGCUUGCAGAUUGUUGAUACGUUUGUUACGUUCAAGGCUGUCAUGUCUAGGCUCGAGUAAACUUGAUCAUGAGGUGACUUUGAAUUAUCUUUAGAAGAGUGUGCCAACAGGAGUGGAAAAGGCAGGCAGGUGACAAAUACUGCCAUUACUUGGGCAUGGUAG